AUGCAAUUUGCCUCAGAACAGCGUGAUGUUAAGAAAAGAAAAAUUGGACGCCCACAAGACGAAGAAAAAAAUGACGCUUUUCUCAAAGUGGCGAGAUUUCUUCAGGAAAAUGACGACGAGCAAAUAACUGUUGUUGAUUUAGUUGAAAAAAUGGAAGAGUAUCUCGGUGACUCAGCCAGUAUCGCAUACGGCCGCACGCACAUGAAGGCGAGAUUACAGGAACACUUCGGUGACCAAAUCAUUAUAACCGAAAUCAAUGGAAAGCCAAACGUUGUAACAUUUAGAAGCACUGUGGCCAAUAUUCUACAUGACUUUCAUGCACAGCCAAAGAAUGUUGAUCUGGAAACAAAAGCUGAAUAUAAUCCGAACCGCUUCGAGGCUGAUCAAGAGCGACAUAAAAUUGAUUAA